AUGACGAUCCUGAAGGAUAGGAUGAUCUCUGGGUCUGUGAGUGAAUUCAUCCUCCUGGGCUUCCCUUACCGCAGAGAGAUCCAAAUCUUCCUUUUCUUGGUCUUUUCUCUCAUCUACCUCCUGACCCUCGUGGGGAACAUGUCUAUCAUCUGUGCGGUGUGGUCAAGCAGGAAACUGCACACGCCCAUGUACAUCCUCCUGGCCGACUUUGCCUUCCUGGGGAUUUGCUAUGUCAAUUCGGAUGUCCCCAAAUUGUUGGCCAACGCCAUCUCUCACACCCAAACUAUCUCCUAUUCUGGCUGCCUACUCCAGUUCUAUUUCUUCUUCUCCAUGUGUGCGGCUCAGGGCUUGUUUCUGUCAGUGAUGUCUUUUGAUAGAUUUCUUGCUAUUUGUAGACCUCUUCACUAUCCCACCAUAAUGACCGAUCACCUGUGUAUCCAGCUAGUGGUUUUCUGCUGGGCAGGUGGUUUUCUCUGGUUACUGACCCCUCUGACCUUAAUAUCGCAGGUGCCUUUUUGUGGACCAAAUACUAUUGACCAUUUUUUCUGUGAUCUGGCACCUCUGCUGGCACUGUCCUGUGCUCCAGUAUCUGGAACUACUCUUACCUGUGGCAUUAUUAGCUCUCUCAUUAUCUUCCUCACCUUCCUGUAUAUUCUUGGCACUUACUUCUGUGUCCUGAGAGUGGUGCUGCAGAUGCCAUCUGGCUCAGGGAGGCAUAAGGCUUUCUCUACAUGUGCCUCUCACCUUGCUGUGGUGUCCUUGUUCUAUGGCUCAGUCAUGGUGAUGUAUGUUAGUCCAGGUUCUGGGGAACAUUCUGGAAUGCAGAAAUUUGUGACUUUAUUCUAUGCUUUGGCAACUCCAUUCUUUAACCCCCUGAUCUAUAACUUCCGGAACAAAGAUAUGAAGGAGGCCUUAAAGAAUAUUUUGUAUUUGUUUCUGUGGAAAAUUGCAAAAGGAUUUAAAGGUUGA